AACAGAUUCAAUUACGCACUAAAAGUGUUUUUACUAAAAGCAAAAGUAACCACAGAAACGUCCAUGUAAAUUUCUGCAGUUAAAAAAUUCAUAAUUCCAAAUGAAGGCCUAAUUUUAGUGACUCCAAGUUACAUUCCAAAUUAAUAUAACACCAUCAUUACGGAGAAACGUCCCUCUCUAAACUUACGCCCCAAGUCCAAGUUUUUAUUUUGGUUUCAAUAUGUAUUCUCAUCAUCAAUUAGUACUGAUGAUCACUGGCACUGCAUUACUCCUGCACCUCAUCGGGUUAGUUUUUCCGGCAGCCGGAGACACCGUAUUUGACAGCCACUACGCUAUUGACUAUGGUCAGGAUCAUGUCAAGUUCCUUGACCCACAAAAAACCCGAGUCCAACUCUCCCUGGAUACUGUUUCUGGCGCAAGAUUCAGUUCCAAGGUCAAAUAUGGAUCGGGGUUCUUCAAUAUGUGGAUCAAGCUCCCCGCGGGCGAUUCUGCUGGAGUUGUUACCGCUUUCUACCUGCGUUCCGGAGACCAUGCCCUAGAUGAAGUGGAUUUUGAGUUUUUGGGAAACAGGCCAGGCGAAAAUAUUUCAAUUCAGACUAAUGUUUUCGCCAAUGGAGUUGGAAAUAGAGAACAAAAAUUGGUUCUUCCCUUUGAUCCCACCGCGGAUUACCAUGACUACAGAAUUCUUUGGAACCCACACAUCAUAAUGAUGUACAUUGACGGCGUUCCAAUCAGAGUGUUUAAGAACAAUACGGCUAUCGGAGUUGACUAUCCAUCAAAGCCGAUGCAGAUAUUAGCUAGCAUUUGGAAUGGAGAUUAUUGGGCUACGGAUGGAGGCAGAACCAAGAUCGAUUGGUCUCACGCUCCAUUCUCAGCCCAAUUCAGGAGCUUCGACGUUGACGGGUGUAGUAGUUCUUCAACCCAUGAUCAAGAUUGCGCCUCCACGAAAUAUUGGUGGAAUGGUGAUAAAUUUUGGGAGUUGGAAGAAGGCUCACCAAAGCUUUGGUACAAAGCUAUGAGGACACUUAUUACUUAUGAUUAUUGUACUGAUACCGAAAGAUACCCAGUUCCUCCUCCUGAAUGCCCUAGCAACAGUUAUCUGUAAGGCUGUAAUAAAUUUGAAUCAAUUAUGGAAUAAUAAAUCCCCGCCACAUUAAAAAUAAAAAUAUCGUACAC